AUUAAUCAAGGUGUUUUUGGCACAAUGUACACCAUGGUAAUAUGAAGACUAUAUGAUGGUUCAUGGGGCCGGAUAGGAUGCUAACAUCAUUAGUGUUAGCACUUAGCACCUUGCGAACAUUAAUUAUAAAAGUGUUGUUAUUAAUUAUAAAGUGUUGUUGUAAUUAGUAAUUACCCAUGUAACAAAAUUUUCAGGUCUCAUACUCCAAUAAAUUUGUGUUAUAUUUGCUAAUUACGGUUGGGUACCUAAACAUAAUAGAUAUUAAGAUUUAGUAGCAGCCUUUUUUUUUGCACAUAAAUCCUAAAAAUGUUAAUUAAAAGUUAAAUUUUAGUACUCAAGAGUUUUUAUGUUUAAAUCCACAUUGAUUGUGAUCAAUCCAUAAUUAAACAGUAAUCAAAAUGAAAUGUUGUAAUGCCUUAUUCCUGCUAGAGGUGUGCAACGGUUCGGUCCAGUCCGAACCGGAACAAAUUCAAUAAUACUUGAUAACUGUGGCCCAUCAAUAAAAGAUAUUUUAGGACCAUAGACCGGAUUAUCGUUGCAUGCGGUCCAUAUGGUUGGGUUUGUUCCGGUCCAAAUAUCCAUUCGGUCCACAUUUUCUUUCGUAAUUAUAAGAUUCAUAGACCAACGACCGGACCGCAUUUUACUAGAUUCGAUACAGUCCAUUUCAAAAUACCGAUUCGAUCUGAUACAAUCUGGUACGGACCGGAUCGUUGCACACCCCCUACCCAACCACAAGGCUGCAACCAAAGAACCACCAUGCCCAUUCUGGAAAGCAAAGCACAAGUAGCCCAGUCAAAGAAACACAUCAAGCCCGCGAGGAGCCAGAUCACUCUGCUCGACUGAAACUGCAGGCCCCAUUAUCGGGCCCAACAGACCGGGCCUAAACUUGUUUACCGUAACAUUCUUAAUUAUUAUAAAAUAAAAUUUAUUAGGAUUGGGCUCAUUCACCUUCAUCGCUUUUUCGCUCCCGGUCCCUUUUUUUCUUCCCCUGUGAAAGUGGCGUAAAACCCUAAGAGCCAAAACCACCGUCUCUCUUCCAAACUCCGAACCAGAGCGCUCUUCUUCUUCCUCUCCGUCUUCCUUUUUCCUUGCAGAUCCCUUGCUGCUUCUACGGUCAUUUCAAUGAGGCUCGCGCUUUACCGAGCCCAUAGGCGGCCGUUCAUCAACCCUUCUCUUCUCCAAUUCCUCUCUCCCUUAUCCUCCUUUUCUUCUUCUCUCUCGUCCACAACUCUUCUCGACGACGGCGGUCCCUUCUCGGAAUUCCAGCCUCCUCCCGAAACCAAUCCCUUAUCCACCUCAUUCCUCAGAGAAGGGAUGUGGCGGUCGCAGAACCCAACCCAGGUCAGAUCCAAUUCGCCGCCCUCGAGAAACUCCGCCGCGGAUCCCUCUCUGAACAUCGGUAAGAGACUCCUUGAUAAGCCAAGUCCACGGCGUGUGGACUUUUCGAACGAAAUCAAGGCCUUGAUCCUCAAGAAGGACCGUGACAACAAACCAAAGAAGAGGGCGGGGCUAGGUUUGAAACCGGCGAUAAGUGCAAGCGAGAAUCUCUACGAGAUAGAUAAGUUCCUCCUCCCAAGGUUAGAAGCACUGAAGAAAAAAAUGCAGACUUCAAGUGCUACAGCAUCGACUGUCGGGACAUCAAGAAAAAAUGAGAAGGUUGUGAUUGAUGAACUUAAUGCAGAGUUAGAAGCACAGAAAAUGCAGACUUCAAGUGCUACAGCCUCGACCGCCGGGACAUCUGAGCUGAAGAAAUUGCGGCGGAAGCAGAAGCAAGGGCGGUCACUUAUCGAGGUGCUCUGGCAGGGUGAGGAGGUAAAUUGGCUCCCAAAGUUAGAAGCACAGAAAAUGCAGACUUCAAGUGAUACAGCCUCGACCGCAGGGACAUCUGAGCUGAAGAAAUUGCGGCCGGAGCAGAAGCAAGGGCAGGAAGGGUGGUCACCGUUCGAGGAGUUGACGCGGCAGGGUGAGGAGGUAAAUUGGCUCCCAAGGAAAGAGGAGGCUGUGGUUGCUGAACUCAAUGCAGAGUUAGAAGCACAGGAAAUGCAGCCUUCAAGUGCUACAGCUUCGACCGCUGGGACAUCAGGAAAGAAGAAGAGGAAGAGUGCCCAAGCUGUAGAUGAUCGGAUUGACCUUGUUGUGGGUGAGAUGAGCGAGUUUCGCACAGUGAUCAAGCAUUCAGUGGAAACCAUCGCUAGAGCACUUGGUGAGAGCGACGACCUUAUCCAGAAGAGAGCCAAUCUGCUGAAAACGCUGGAGGAGCUUGAAGGGUUCAGUAGAGCUGAGAUUAUAACGGCAUUGAGGAAGCUGUCUAACAAUGACAGGGAUUUGAUGAUCUUCUAUGGCUUGGAAGAGAAAGCCGACAAGGUGAUAUUCGUGACAGGGCUGCUUCGAUGAAGUCAAUCUUGUGGGUAGUUUAUAUAUCCGUUGGUUUACUUAUGUUGAGCAGAGAACUCUCGGAUGAGUUUGGAUUCUUCUACUUAACAUCCCAAUUAAUGUGCUGUUGUGUUGUCUCUAUGUCACUUUCCUCAUCUUCUCUUUUAGGAAGGAUUAUUCUCUUUUGUGGCCGUUGAUGAUUGAUGGUGGUUCCAUGUAAAAUGAUCAACCGAUAAUCGACCACUCGGUUAUCAACUAAUCGACUAACAUAAACGAUGCAGUUAGUGUUAAGCACACAUUGAUUAACGAUCAACCAAUUACUGAAUAAAUGAUUACGAUUAUA